AACCCACUUUGAUAUCCAUGGGCUUGGGCCUAAUAUCAUUGCGACUCUAUCCAGCCCACCAAGCCCACAUUUCACACCAACCCGUGGCAAAGCCCAUAUGAUGUGGGACUGGAAAGCCCAAAAACGUGGGCCAGCAGCAACAAACCCGGGCCCAAUUGAAAAGAAACUGUCGUACCUAUCCAGGUGGACAUGUCCUCCUGUUUUAUCCCCAAAGUUGCAAUCGUAAUGGCAACCGACCAACCGCUGGCUGUAAUGUCUGCUUAGAGGUCCCUUUCUUAAACUCCACUGACACUCCGACGCUCCCCUUUCUGCAAUUCACGAAAUCCUCCGGCAACAGAGACCGCCAUGAAAACCUCCUCUUCAAAACCAAUCCCAAGCAGCGACGAGUUCCGACAAGACAUAGAUUGGGAGCUCCGACCGGGCGGAAUGAUUGUUCAAAAACGACACAUCGGGUCGGGUUCGGAUCGUUUCAUUACAAUAAAAAUCUCCCACGGUUCUUGCCAUCAUCUCCUCACUGUCGACGCCCAUUCCACAUUCGGGCAUUUGAAGAGGCUUCUCCGGCAGAAGACGGGAUUGGAGCCGAGAGAACAGAGAUUGUUGUUUAGAGGGAAGGAGAAGGAGAACGACGAGUGUUUGCACAUGGCGGGUGUUAACGACAUGUCGAAAGUGGUUUUGAUGGAGGAUCCAGCCAGUAAAGAGAGGAAGCUGGAAAUUAAUAAGAGGAUUACGACGGCGAUCGGUGAUGCUCUGGCGGAGAUCACGGCGGAGGUCGACAAACUCUUCCAAAAGGUUGCGGCGGUGGAAGGAGCGGUUAACGGCGGGAGAACGGUGGAGGAGAAAGAAGUAAAUGGAUUGAUAGAUAUGUUGAUGAUGCAAUUGUUGAAAUUGGAUGCAAUUGAGAUCGACGGAGAUGCCAAAUUGGUGAGAACUCAGGUGGUUAGAGUACAGAAUUACGUGGAUAGACUCGACAACGUGAAGAAUAGAAGAGACUCAAAUGGGUUGAGAAUUGAAUGUGGAUUUGGCACUCUCGUUCCUCCAAUUGCUUCUACAAAAAUAACUCAUGAUUGGGAACUCUUUGAUUAUAUAAGUUCUCGAUAUCGACUCAAACAGCUUCAUUAUAUUACACAGCUUGAAUCGGAACUCAAAGCCCUUCAAGCUGAAGUAACAAUUACCUCACCGAGGAUCAAAUUCAUGGACCGUCAAAAUUCACUGCUCCGAGCCGAAAAUUACUCCAUCAAAGAGAAAUUAUCCUCUUACGCCGGUGAACUUCUAUUCAAAGAAGCCCAAUACGAGGAACUGAAAAGGGAGAGAAACAUGUUGAAGGAGAUCUACGAAGCAUAUCAGUUAAAACGGUUGGAAUCACUGAAAAACAGCAACAGCAGCAGCAAGAACAACAACAACAGCACAAGCGGUGGUGGUGGUGGAGGAAGCUGUUUCCAAUUGGAAGAGAAUUGCCCAGAAAUGGCCGACAAAUCAAACCCAUUUAGGAUGCUGGAAAACUGA